AUGGCCGGCAAAGGCGAAGGUCCCGCUAUUGGAAUUGAUUUGGGAACGACGUACUCGUGCGUCGGCGUGUGGCAGCACGAUCGUGUCGAGAUCAUCGCGAACGACCAGGGAAACAGGACCACGCCGUCGUAUGUCGGGUUUACGGACACCGAGAGGCUCAUCGGCGACGCUGCUAAGAACCAGGUUGCUAUGAAUCCGACGAACACUGUUUUCGAUGCCAAGAGGCUGAUCGGCAGGCGUUUCACAGAUGCAUCUGUGCAGGGUGACAUGAAACUAUGGCCAUUCAAGGUCAUCUCUGGUCCGGGAGACAAGCCCAUGAUAGUUGUUAACUACAAGGGUGAGGACAAACAGUUUGCUGCCGAGGAAAUUUCCUCAAUGGUCCUCAUGAAGAUGCGUGAAAUUGCCGAGGCCUACUUGGGCUCAUCUGUCAAGAAUGCUGUUGUCACUGUCCCGGCCUACUUCAACGACUCUCAGCGCCAGGCCACCAAGGAUGCUGGUGUCAUUGCCGGUCUCAACGUCAUGCGAAUCAUCAACGAGCCCACAGCUGCAGCCAUUGCCUAUGGUCUCGACAAGAAGGCAACGAGUGUUGGUGAAAAGAAUGUCUUGAUUUUUGAUCUCGGAGGUGGAACUUUCGAUGUUUCUCUCUUGACAAUUGAGGAGGGAAUUUUUGAGGUUAAGGCCACUGCUGGUGACACCCAUCUCGGAGGAGAAGAUUUCGAUAACCGAAUGGUGAACCAUUUCGUUCAGGAAUUCAAGAGAAAGCACAAGAAGGAUAUCACCGGCAACCCGCGUGCUCUUCGGAGGCUGAGGACCGCUUGCGAGCGUGCGAAGAGGACUCUCUCCUCUACUGCCCAGACCACAAUCGAGAUUGACUCUCUGUAUGAAGGUGUUGACUUUUACUCCACUAUCACCCGAGCCAGGUUUGAGGAGCUCAACAUGGAUCUCUUCAGGAAGUGUAUGGAGCCUGUUGAGAAGUGUUUGAGAGAUGCCAAGAUGGAUAAAAGCACUGUACAUGACGUUGUCCUUGUCGGUGGCUCCACUAGGAUCCCGAAAGUUCAGCAACUUUUACAAGACUUUUUCAAUGGGAAGGAGCUUUGCAAGAGCAUCAACCCCGACGAGGCUGUUGCUUAUGGUGCUGCUGUCCAGGCUGCCAUUUUGAGUGGCGAAGGUAACGAGAAGGUGCAAGACCUUUUGCUUCUUGACGUAACUCCUCUUUCUCUUGGCCUCGAGACUGCUGGAGGUGUGAUGACUGUGUUAAUCCCGAGGAACACUACAAUCCCGACUAAGAAGGAGCAAGUCUUUUCGACCUACUCGGAUAACCAGCCAGGUGUCUUGAUUCAGGUAUACGAAGGAGAGAGAACGAGGACCCGUGACAACAAUCUGCUCGGGAAAUUCGAGCUUUCUGGCAUCCCUCCGGCCCCACGAGGUGUCCCUCAGAUCACAGUCUGCUUCGACAUUGAUGCUAAUGGUAUCUUAAAUGUGUCUGCUGAGGACAAAACAACCGGCCAGAAGAACAAGAUCACCAUUACUAAUGAUAAGGGCAGACUUUCCAAGGAUGAGAUUGAGAAGAUGGUUCAGGAGGCUGAGAAGUACAAGUCGGAAGACGAGGAGCACAAGAAGAAGGUCGAGGCGAAGAAUGCGCUCGAGAACUAUGCAUACAACAUGAGGAACACUGUCAAGGAUGAGAAGAUUGCCUCCAAACUGACUGCUGCUGACAAGAAGAAGAUUGAGGAUGCUAUCGAGUCCACUAUCCAGUGGCUGGAUGGGAACCAGCUGGCAGAGGCUGAUGAGUUUGAGGAUAAGAUGAAGGAGCUCGAGGGAAUCUGCAACCCCAUCAUAGCUAAGAUGUACCAAGUUCCGUUGAAGCCCACCGCUCGUGGCCAUGAGCCGGAUUUCACAACGCACCCGUUCAACCCAAUUGCCCCAAUUUCUAUGGCUCAAUAG